AUGGUCAUCCGAAUGAUGUUGCGCCUCCUCCCGUCUUUCGCGCUGGUGGCGAUUGUAGGAAAUCCACAAUCAAAUUUGCCCUUUUUGCUGAUUCUGGCAAGGGAUCUGCUUCGAGGGCCACCGUGGUGCUGUGGGGCUUCUGGAGCUGCCAUUCACAUCAGUGCUAAUACAGUCUACCAUGAAAGGACUAAACACUUAGACAUCGAUUGCCACUUUGUGAGAGAUAAGUUAAAGACUGGCUUUGUACUUCCUCAGCACAUCUCCACACAUCAACAACUUGUGGAUCUUUUCACCAAGUUGCUCAGUGGGUCGCGAUUCAAGAGUCUUACUGGCAAGUUGGGCAUGGUCUCUCAUUUCCCCUGCACAACUUGA